AUGCCCAAAGACCUCCAGAGGCUGCUGAAGGAUGACCCCGUGACCUUUGAGUACCUCUACCUGCAGGGCGUGAACGACGUGCUGCAGGAGCGCUUCGCCGUGGAGAUGAGGUGCAACACGGCCCUGCGGCUGGCCGCGCUGCACAUCCAGGAGCGGCUGGUCAGCUGUGGACAGUCCCCCAAAGCCAACCUGAAGACCAUCACGAAGACCUGGGGAAUAGAGAACUUUGUGUCGUCCACCCUGCUGAGGAACAUGCGGGAGAAGGACCUGAGGAAGGCCAUCGGCUACCACAUGAAGAAGAGCCAGUCGCAGCAGGACCCCAAGCUGAAGAACAUGUCCGUGGACCAGGCCCGGAUCCACUACCUGGAGGAGCUGAGCGAGCUCAAGUGCUUCGGAGGGAAAUCCUUUGGUGCCACCAUGAUGCUCCAGGACCGGGAGUCCAUGGUGACCCUGCUGGUGGGAGCCCGCUACGGGGUCAGUCAGGUGGUCAACCACAAGCUGAGCAUACUGACCACCCUCACCGAGUUCUCCAGCAUCACCCGCAUCGAGCUGCUGCCCGAGUCCGAGAAAGUCAGCCUGGUCAAGAUCUACCUGCAGGACAUCAAGGUGAGACGGGGGGGAGACCCCAGGUGUGCCCAAAAAAAGCACAAAGAGCCGAAAAAGAGCAAGCUAAGAGCCUUUUUGGCUCCCAGUCUGACAGCAUCUGUGUCCCCUCUUUGCCCGAAGCCCAUCACGUUGCUUUUGGAGGCAGCGGCGGCCAAAGACCUGUCCUGCCUGAUAUCGGGCUACUGCCGCGUGUUUGUGGACCCCAGCCUCAACAUCUUUCCCUGGAUGGACGACAAGAGGCACCGAGUCUCUGCAGAGGAAGGUUACGUGUCUCGGUGUGGAAGCGACUCCGACUCCUCCUCGGACCUGGACGCGGAGCCGCUGCUCAGCCUGGCGUCCCAGGACGACAGGCCCCGCCCCCGCGUGCGCUCGUCCUCCGACCCGGAGGGCCGGAAACGGAAAGACCGGCACCGGUGGAGAACCAGGGACGGCCGGGAGAAGCUGGACAAAGCCCGGGAUGCCCCGAAGUGCCCCGAGGAGAAGGACGCCGGCACCGAAAAGGAGACGGUUCCCCCGGACACGAACGGGGAGGAGCCGGUCCAGAUCCAGAUAGUGGACGGCAACCCGCAGGGACAAAAAGGCGGGGGGGCGGCGGAGGAGCUGGUGUCUGUGUCCGAGGCCUCCGACUCCUGUCAGACGGACUCCCGCGUCCUCACCAGCCCCUCCAGCGACUCCCUGGACGCCCUGGAGGAAGACGACCUGGUCUCCUGCUCCUCUUCCUCCGCCCGCCCCUCCUCACAGACGAACUCCUGCCCCCCCCUCCCCCUCCAGCUGCACCCCCCCUCGGACCGUUCUGCCCAUCCUCACUUCCUGCUCCCUCCCCCCGCCCACUCGCACCCCCUCAUCCAGCUCCCGGCCGUGGGCAGGGCGGGAGGAAGAGGAGGCUGCAGGAGGUCGGGCGACGGGGCGGACCCCCGCCUCCUGGCGCCCGGCUUAGGCUCCGCCCCCUCGCCGCUCGGCCCGGACGACAGCUCCCUGUGCUUCGCCGAGCUCUCCCUGCUGGUGGACCUGCUGCCCAGCCCGCCCGAGGCCAGCGAGGAGGAGGACGACGAGGAGGAGGAGGUGGACAGCAGGGAGAGUGGCGGCGGCGUGCGGAGAGCGGCGGGCGAAGGGGGCGGGGCCUCCGCCUCGCCAUCAUCGCCCUCCUCCCACUCGGACUUCGUGUUCAGCUUCAGCCAGAGCGACGCGCGCUGCUACUACAGCCUCUGCUCCAACAUCACCCCCGACAGCGCCCGCAGCCUGCCCCGCCCCCAGCACCUGGAGCUGCGGGGGGGCUGGGAGGAGGGGGCCCAGGAGGCCCGGGAGAACCAGGAGAACCAGGAGAACCAAGAGAACCAGGAGAACCAGGAGGACCCGGAGCCCGUCCCCAUCCUCCACCCGCCCCCCGGCUUUGGGGACAGCAGCUCGGAUGAGGAGUUCUUCGACGCCAGGGACCGUUUCACCUCACCUGAGGACCCCACGUCGGGCGCCGUGCCCAGAGAUGCUCGCACCCGGAUGAGGCUGGGCCUCCUCGGCACGCUGAGCCUCAACGACAUCAGCGUGUCGGUGGAGGACGGUGAGCCGGCCGCUGACCGGAGGCCGGCGCCGGAGGAGGAGGGGGGCGGCCGGGAAACGCUGCUGCACCUCCGGAAAAGGUCCCGGAAGCGCCGCUCCUUCAUGGAGACCGACUUCACCUCCCGGGUGACGUAUCCGGACCCGGACCCGGAUCCGGAAUCCAAGCACAACCCGACCUCCGACCGGCUCCUCGGACACGUCUCGGCCGGGGUGAACCACGGACAGAUGCUGGCCUCGGACCCGGAGCCCUCCGAGCAGAGCCAGAACCCGAGUCCCACCGUGUCCUCGCUCACGCACGCCGAGGGGGAGCCGGCCCAGCUGGAGGCCAAACCCAUCCCCUCCAAAGCCCACCCCCCGGGGCCGGACCUGAAAUCCCCCUCCAGGAAACAGGAGAUGGAGAUGGAGCCGGACACCAUGGAGUCCAAAUCGGUGACGGACCUGGUGGCGGCGGCCCCCCCCACCAUCACCGUGGUCCGCUGCCGGGUGGACCCGGACGGGAAGGAGAGCGCCGACCGGCGGGGCGACGGAAAGGAGGAGGGGGAGGGACGGGACGGGCCGGGGAAGGAGGACCCGUCCAGCCUGAAAGGGCCGUUCACCAGCCACAUGUUCCUGCCCGCCGCCCCCCAGAGGAGCGAGCAGGGGGGGGGGCAGGACAGAGGGCCUGAGGGGACUUUCCCCCAGCGGGCCGAGGCUCCAGCCUCCCGGUCGCCUUCCCCACAAAGAAACGCCCACGGGGAGGAUUUUAUACCCGGAUCCUGUCCUCCCCCCCCUCCGCCCUCCCCUCUGCCACCCGUCCACGGCUCUGAAAAGGUGGAAACCGAGUCAGAAAAGGAGGACGAGAGACCAGAGGAAGGUGACCAGGCCCCCGACGCCCAACCCCACCCAGCAGCGGCCCCCAGCAUGAAGGACGAGGAGGCCCCCGAAUCCACGGUAACGGACAGCACCAACUCUGACGACGUCUUCGAGGACGAGGAGGACGAAGACGCUGAAUCCAGCUGCUCCUCAAACGAUGGCUGGGGCGAUCAGACGGAGGACGGGGUCACAUCUGCAAAGCGUCCGGAGUCUCCCCCGGACUCCGAGGCUCCGGCAGGAAGUCCGGUCAGCACCCACUACACUCUGGCCAUCAACGCCAUCACGGCCAAGCUGGGCGCCGCCACCAGCAUCACGUCCCCGACCUUUACCUCCGGGCUGAAAACCGAGGCCCCGCCCCAGAGCGCCCCCCCGGAUCCGGUCCAGAGCCUGAGGAAGGCUCACACCCCCCACUUCCACGACGCCUCCAGGGAGCCGGCGGCCGCCGCCCACUUCCUGUUCCAGACCUGCUCGCCCGCCUUCAUGGGCCGGCUGUCCGCCUCCACGCUCAGGGGGAAGAUCCAGAGUCUGCCCCUGUAUCUGUCGCGCUCACAGGACGGCCUGAACCGGGCCGGGGACGGGAGCCCCGCCCAGAGCCCCGCCCAGAGCCCGGCGGAGGGCGGCCAGAGGGGGCUCCCAGAGGUCACUAUCAGCGUAACGGACGUCCACGACGUCACGCAGACGCUGGACCUGGACGCCGGCGCGGAGGGGGACUCUGCCGAGUCGGACGAUUCGGACGCCACGCUGACCGGAUCCGAGGUGGACGGGGAGUUCUUUGUGGAGACGGCCUCAGCCAAGAGUUUUCCAGCCGAGGUUAAAGAAGCCAGCGGUCAGGAGCCGGUCCAGACUGAGCCCAAACGCCAGGACCAGGGUCAGCCUGUAGAUCAGCCUCUAGAACAGCCCCUAGAACAGCCCCUAGAACAGCCUCUGGGUCAGAAUCUGGUUCAGAAUCACGUUCAGCCUCUGGGUCAGAAUCUGGUUCAGCCUCUAGUUCAGAAUCAGGUUCAGCAUCUGGGUCAGCCUCUGGUUCAGCCUCUGGGUCAGCCUCUGGGUCAGAAUCAGGUUCAGCCUCUGAGUCAGAAUCAGGUCCAGCCUUUGGGUCAGAACCUGGGUCAGCCUCUGGUCCAGCCUCUGCACGCCGGGCUGAACCAGAGCACGCCGGGGCCUGUAACGGAGCCCCCGGCCUCCAUAGUGAGCCUCCUCCAAAGAGACUUCUUCCCUGGACCCAUAAAAGACCCAAGCAUAAAAACCAGAGCCCCAGAGGAAGUCCCAGCUACCAAACCGAGCCCUCCUCUAGGAACUGCUACCAAAACGAACCCUCCUCUAGGUCCAGCUACCAAACCGAGCACUCCUCUAGGAACUGCUACCAAAACUAGCCCUCCUCUAGGUCCAGCUACCAAACCGAGCCCUCCUCUAGGAACUGCUACCAAAACUAGCCCUCCUCUAGGUUCUACUACCAAAACAAACCCUCCUCUAGGUUUUCCCACCAAAACCAGCUCCCCUCUGGGUUCUCCAACUAAAACGAGCCCUCCCCCAGGUCCGGCCCCUCCCGCGGUGGUGGUGACGACGCAGAGCCUGAACGGGCCGGGCUUCCCCUUCCACGGUCAGUCUCACAGAGUAGCAAAGGCCAGUAGUGAGAGGCCCCUAGUGGGGCUGUGUAGGCCCUGGGGGCAGCAGCCCGACUCACCGGGGGGGCUCUCCGCCGGCUGCAGGGUGUCCACCGUCUGCGAGGCUCCGGCCCGGGGGGGGGGGCCCGCCCCGCCGCUGAAGCCCGGCUUUGGCUGCGGCCCGGCGCUGGCGUCCGGGUGCGAGUCCCUGGCGGAGGGGGUGCAGCCCCCCCUGGAGGCCUGCGGCUGCCCGCCCGCCUACACCAACUGCUUCGGGGGGGAGGAGGACGCCUUCGACGAGGAGCUGACCGUCUACGAGUUCUCCUGCCGCGCCCAGAUCUCCGCCGGGGGCCUCCCCCUCAUCACCUCCCCCCCCGCCGCCUCCUCCUUCCCCCCCCCCCCCUCCGCCCACUCCCCCUCCUUCCCGCGCUCCAUCCUCUUCUCCUCGGAGCUCAGCCCCCUGCUCUCGCCCUUGUCCACCGACCCGGACCCGGACCCCCUGGGCCAACUGGGCCGGGGGGAGUACCCCGACCCCCCCGGGGGCUUCCAGCUGCUCCGCCUGGACGUGGACAAGCUGCUGGGGGCCCUGGAGGGCGGGCCGGCCGACCGCCGCGGCGGGCGCCACCCGCGGGACGCCUGCCCCCGCCACUUCACGGAGAGCAAGCGGCUGCUGCAGCUGGAGGCGCGGCGGCUGACGGCGGGCUGCCAGCGGGCGGCGGCCGGCGGCCAGAGCCCCCCCGACAUGCUGCGGGCGCUGGCCGGCAGCUUCCGCACGCUGGUGGAGCUGGCCGGCGUCUGCCUGCGCCUCUCCGGCUGCCAGCGCUGCGACCGCCGCAACGGCGAGGCGGCGGCCGGCCUGGCCGACGUGGCGCGGGCCUUCCGGGACUUCUGCCUGGCGGCGGAGCGCGCCAGCGGCCGCCGCGGCUGCCGGGACCUCAGCCGCAAGCUGCUGGCCAAGCAGUGCACGGCGCUCACCGCCUCC